AUGGCUACUCUGAUCUUUGUUGACAAGGAUAACGAAGAACCAGGCAGCCGUUUGGCAUCUAAGGAUGGGUUGAAGCCGGGGCCUGGUGUCAAGGCCUUAGAUGGGAAGUUGCAGGUUUCAAAGCCACAAGUUGGCAAAGUGUUCAAAGCUCCAGCCCUGCCUAAAGCUAGCAGAAAGGCUUUGGGAAUGGUCAAUAGAGCUACAGAAAAGCCAGUGAAGACUAGUAGACCCCUCAAACAAAAACAGCCAACUUUGACUGUGAAAAAGAUCACUGAGAAGGUUGCUAAGAUGCAGGGCUCUGUUCCUGCUUCUGAUGAUACCUACCCAGAUUUUGAGAGUUUUGACCUGCCUGAGGAGCACCAGAUUGCACAUCUCCCCUUGAAUGGAGUGCCUCUUAUGAUCCUAAAUGAGGAGAGCGGGCUUGAGAAGCUGCCGCACCUGGACCCCCCUUUGCCUCUGAAGAUGCCCUUACUCCCACAGGAAUCUAAUCCGCUGUGA